GAUCCAUCAACCUAGUGCAAAACUCCCGUCGGAGUUUUUUUUCUGAUGAGCAACCGGAUGUAGACCACAUGACAACUUCCCGUCCCCACGUGUGUAGGAAUGAGAGAAAUGGCUGACAUUGUACAACAACGAUUAGAGGACAGAAUACCAGCUCUCGAACAGUUGGAAAGAGUCGGUUUGUUCACCAAUAAAGAAGUCAAGUCUAUGUUGAAAAGAUCUACUGCUCUUGAAUACAAGCUGCACCGAACAGUUCAGAGUAAAGACGAUUUUAUUACAUACAUACAGUAUGAAAUAAACGUCCUAGAGCUUAUCAAGAAGAGGAGAGCAAGAAUUGGUUACCAUUUUAAACGGGAGGAAAUUGAGUAUCCCAUCAUUCAUCGCAUAAACCAUGUUUUCAGAAGGGCUACAACAAAAUGGCAGGAGGAUGUGCAGCUCUGGCUUUCACAGGUUGCCUUUAAUAAGAAAUGGGGCACAAAGACUCAGCUCAGCAAGGUUUUGUCAUCUAUGUUAGCUAUCCAUCCUGACAAACCAGCUUUGUGGAUAAUGGCUGCUAAGUGUGAGAUGGAGGACAGAAACUCUUCAGAGAGCGCCCGACAUCUCUUCCUCCGUGCCUUGCGCUUUCAUCCUGAGAAUAAGAAAGUCUAUCAGGAGUAUUUCCGGAUGGAGCUCAUGCAUGCUGAGAAACUGAGGAAACAGCAGCAGGAGUUGGAACAAGCUAAAAUAGAUGUGGGCGAAUAUAAUUUUUCUCCGGAAAUCUUGAGUGGAAAACUUGCUGAGGUGGUGUACAGAGAUGCUGCACAAAAAAUUAAAGGGGCUGAAUUCAUCUUGUCGCUGCUACAGAUUGCUGCCAUCUUUGACUUCACAAAGGAGCUACAGGACACCAUCCUGCAAGAACUGCAGAGUCAGUAUGUCGAUGACUGCAUGAUGUGGGAUUUCAUGGCUAAGCGUGAGCUGGAUGCUGCUGGGGCUCCAGAGCUCCAGUCUGCGAAAGGAAGAGCUUCUGAUACAGACCGCAGAGAAGAACGCUGCUGUGUCGUUUAUGAAGAGGCUCUAAAGAGCCUUAAUACAGAGGCCAUGUGGACAUGUUAUGUCACAUUCUGUCUUGAGAGAUAUAAGCGGAAGACAAAUGUCAAUGAACUCAAGGAAAAGAGAAAGGAACGAUUACUCCGAGUCUUACAGAGUGCUCAUGAUGCCAAGCUUUUGCAAGAGUCAUUCUACAAGAACUGGCUACAGGUCCUGCUGUCGUCAGGGGAUACAGUAUCUGCUACCCAGAUCGCCAUUACAGCCACCCAGUGCUUCAGCCAAUCAUUUGAGAUGUGGAGCUUCAGCCUCCAGACAUUGGUCCAGCUGGAGAGCACAGAGGCGGGACAUCUAUUCCAAGAAGCCCUGAAACACGUGAAUCCCAAGGAAAGUCUGCCAUUAUGGCAGCUGCAGGCUGAUUGGUGCAUGACCUCACAAAGACCUGAGGACACGGAGACCUUUUUUCAGAAAGGGCUUCUGUCCCUAGUACCUGCAGUGUCAUCUGCCAUGAAGGAAAAAUACCUUGAAUGGUCCUAUAAAACUGGUGGUUACAAAAGGGCUAGAAAAACGUUCACAAGCUUGCAUGAACACAGACCCUUCACUAAGGCAUUCUUCAUGAAGAUGAUUGAGAUUGAGAAAGAGCAGGAGACACCAAAGAUGAGUAACCUGAGAGACUACUACGAGCGCGCGCUUCGUGAGUUCGGUUGCUCAGAUGAAGAUCUCUGGAUGGACUACAUCAAGGAAGAGUUGGGAAGGCACGGAAACCCAGAGAACUGUGGGAAGCUCCACUGGAGGGCUGUUAAGACCCUGGAGGGCGAAAGUGUUGAGCGUUUUACCACGCAGUACACACUUCUGCAGACCGGGCACGUGUAAAACCAGCAUAAAUCUUCAGUGUGUUUUCUGUAUUGUUCAAAUAUGGACCACAAAUUGGCUUCAGUGAUUUCUCUUUGAAAAGCCCAAUUCCUGUGUUGCAGACUGUAAAGGGGAAAAAUUAAGUUCAUUUCCUGAUCCUUCUGAAUUUUUUCAAACAUGGUGAUGCAUAGACAUUUGUGCUUUUC